AUGCUCUCCCUCGUUCUCUCCGCCGAGCUCUCCGGAGUAACCGAUCUUCGUCCCAAGGACACCGAGGAGGAGCCGUACUACUAUACCUUCAAGGUGCAAUGUACAUCCUGUCGCGAGACGCACCCGAACUGGGUCAGCUUCAACCGGUUUGAGACGAAUGAAAUCCCAGGAAGUCGAGGCGAGGCGAACUUCGUUUGGAAGUGCAAGAUGUGCCAGAAAACCCACUCCGCCUCCAUCGUGGCCGGUCCGCACAGCUACGAGGCGAACGACCAGCGCAAAGGCACUAAGGUGAUUGACCUUGAUUGCCGUGGGUUGGAGUUUACCGAGUUUAAGGCAGAUGGCGACUGGGAAGCGAAGGGCAUCGAGUCUGGCUCCCCGUUCAGUGGGAUUGAUCUGUCCGAGGAGGAGUGGUAUGACUACGAUGAGAAGGCUGGGGAUGAGGUCUCCAUUAAGGAGAUUAGCUGGACGUUCCAACCCCUCAACCCCCGGCCUUUCCUGCAGGCUAGGGUCGGUACCGAGCUUAUCAUCCGUCUCAAAUGGGGCCAAACCGAGUACAAGGGCACGCUCGAGAGCAUUGACUCCUACAUGAACGUACUGCUGAGAGAUACGGAGGAAUUCAUUGAUGGCAAGCCUACUGGCACGCUGGGAUUGGUGCUGAUCAGGUGCAACAACAUCCUCUGGAUGGGCUCGGCAGAAAACGUGGAGAUGACGGACCUGGGGUUACGAUAAAGGAGGAACGAUCGGACGUUCGAUUACGGAACCGCGUGAGGGUGCAGAUACCAUAUACCCGCUGACUUCUCUCGACGAACAAAAAGAUAUAUGUGUGGAUUAAGCAACAACGCAGACAGCGCUGGAGUUAUCGCAAGGGCGUCACCAACCGGCUAUCGCAAACCAUUUCUUUUCUUGUAUCUGUUUCAAAACAUGGCUUCUGUGUGUCGGUCUGGGGACAAGGGGCGCUCAGACCUUGCAGGGCAAAUUGCGAAUGUUCUGGCUUGACGUGUGACUUGGAGAAGGGAGCGAAUGUUUUACCAUGCUUGGUCUUCUUGAACGGUUCUGGCUGGGUUCCUAGCCAUGAUUGCUGCCUCUUCCUGCAGGCGACAUCUCAUAUGUCUCAAUUUCUUAUCUCCGAAGGGACUUAGUCACCUAAUCCGAUUAGAAUUCGU